AUGUCAAACUGUCAAAAACAUGCAAUUUGCAAAACGUAAACAGUGCGCAGCGAGUUUUUAUGUAUUUUAUUUUAGCAUGAAAUAAACGUUAUUUAUCAUAGAUGAAAACGUAAUAACAGAAAUAUGGAUCAGGAAGAAACGUUUAUAAAUUCGGAUGUCUUCAAUGUUAAUGACAUCGCCGAAAUCGAAGACUUUCUUAGUGGCUGCGAUGGAGAUUUUAUGAAAAAGCUUGAGCAAGAGCUGGCAUCAGCGGAUAAUGAUGCCCAGCUUGAUUGGAAUAUGCUGAGUGUUGAUACGAAAAUCAAAACAGAAUCUAAAACAGAACCUCCGACGUCUCCGUACUACAGUAAUGCUGGAAAUCCCUUGGUUUCCCAAUAUACACAUGUGACGAAGCCUUUACAGACGGCACAGCCAAAGAGCAGUCCGGUACAGGGUGUCUAUAGUAGAGAGGAGGGUUAUAUAUUGCAGAACAGAAACAAUGGCUCAUCAUUGCCUGACGUCACGCAGCAUGAGCAAAAGGUAGCUGCACAAACACCAAUGAUAGUGAAGCAAGUGGUACAGAGCCCUCUUUAUGUGAAUUUAGCCCCCAACACCCUUCAACAAGUUUCUGACGGUCGACCACCAAUAGUGCAGGUAGAUGGAACGACACCAGUGAAUCAGAUGAACAGCCCCCAGACUACUCAACCUUUGUUAAUACAGAAUAAUACGAAAGGAAUGACUCCUUUCAUUCUAAAAAGUGCUGAUCCCAAUUUUUCUCCUGUGAUAUUGCAGUCAAACAUAAUCAAUCCCGAAACUCCGACUUUAAUGUAUACCAGUGCACCAGUUCAAGGAGCAACUCAAGGUAUUAUAACAAAUGCGAAGUCAGGAUCAGAAAACAGACGUGUUCACACAUUUUUUACAAGCAACAAUGGCCCCACACUUCUCACAACUGGUAUCCCGGUUGUUUUGGAUGGUGAAAAGAUUGCUCUUAGUCAGGCACCCCAUACUGGACCACCCAAGGUGAAGGAAGUUAAGAGGAGUGCCCACAAUGCUAUUGAAAGGAGGUACAGGACCAGUAUCAAUGACAGAAUUGUGGAACUGAAGAACAUGUUGGUUGGAGAAGAUGCUAAAUUGAACAAAUCUGCUAUUUUACGUAAAACAAUAGACUACAUAAAGUACCUGCAGAAUCAGAACACUAGACUGAAACAAGAGAACACAGCUCUCAAACUAGCAUGCCAGAAGUCCGGUGUCAAGGAACCAGUGUUUGAUGGAGCGUACACUCCACCGCAUAGUGAUAUCUCAUCUCCGUAUCAUUCUCCUCAUUCACACAUGGACAGUGAUUCGCCAUCAUCGCCUGAGUACAAGGUGGAAGAAAAAUACUCCAAAAUUGUCAUGGGUAUGGGAGACCACUCACGUCUGGCCCUGUGUGCUUUCAUGGUUGGACUAAUUGCAUUCAAUCCAUUCAGUGCAAUGUUUGGAACCUUUAUGUCUGACUCUUCCACUGCAGACUUCAGUGCAAAGGUGGACACAAGGAGGAUAUUGUCUGAUGAUGAAGCCUACACUGGAGUAUCCUGGGGUGCCUGGCUAUUCAACACAUUUAUUAUAUACUUGGUGAACUUUGUGCUGCUUGGGGGUUGCCUCAUCAAACUUCUGGUGUACGGCGACUCUGUGCCCAAAUCACAAUCUCCAGAAGCUGGACUUUUCUACAAACACAAAAGGCAAGCAGACAACUUUCUGAAAAAGGGUGACUUACAAAACGCCAGUUUGGAACUACACCGCUCUCUAGCCGCGUGCGGUAAGAGCGUGCAGGCGGGCGGGCCGGGGCAUGCCAAGUACUCGGCCCUCGCAGCCGCAGUGCUCCGGCAGGUGCUGCAGAGGCUGCCCUUCGGCGGGUUCCUCGCUCGACGGGCUGGGGAUCUGUUGGGAGACAGUCCAGCAAGACGCGCAACCCAACACUGGGCAGCCGAAGUGUCCACAGUGUCACAUCGCCUCGCUCAACUGGAGCUUCUAUCGACACACAGCGGUAGAAGCGAACGCGUUCUUUUAGCUCUUCAAGCAGUCAACCUGGCCGAAGUGACCGGCAACAGACAGUUACUGGCAGACACAUAUGUAACUGCUGCGUUGGUCUUCAAGGACUACAUGCCGAAGAUCGGGAACUGGUUGUGUGGGUACUACCUCCGGCGCUGCCGCUCGUGCUGCGCGGAGUGGUGCGCGCCGGCGGUGCGGCUGCGCUGGACGUGCACGCCGCGCGGCCAGCAGUUCCUGCGCGGGCGCAGCUGGACCUACGAGCCCGCGUCGCCCACCGCGGCGCUCUUCACGAGGCUCGCUAACUCGCCGGACCCACUCGUUUACGCUAUGCGGGCUUACCACCUGGAACUGUUGCAGAAAAGUCUUCAGAUGUUGCUGUGCGCCGAUGAACGCAGCAACACGAGGGAUGUACUCGAGCUGGUGAAGCUAAUCACCGACGACGUCUCCACCGACUCCCCGGAACAUACUGGCUGUUGGGACCCAGUGAUGGAAUGGUGGGCCAACUUGGUUGGCGUGGCCGCGGCCUGGUUGUUAGCUGACUCGCCCGUCGCCGCCGAGCUGGGCGAUCGGCUCUACCUGUUGCCUGAACCACUCGCCAAUUGCGAGGAUCCUCUGCCUGGGGCCUUGCAUAUGGCGUACAAAAGCCGCCGCGGACUGUUGAGCCUCGCUCAGUGUCGAGAUGAACGCACCAUCGAGAGGACUUCGGAAAUCAUACUCAAGGUAUGCGACCUCGCAGGAGCCAGGUUAGCGGAUUCCCUCGCCUACUACUGUUGUAAAAAACCUACUCAGCUGGUACUGCUGAUGCAGGUGCUGUGCUGCGACUGGGUGCUGGAGGGGCGCGCGGGCGUGUGGGAGGCGGCGGGCGCGGCGCCGGCGCCGCCCGCGCAGCUGCGCGCCUUCCAGCGGGACCUGCACUCGCUGCGGCGGCUGUCGCAGAGCUUGCCGUGGGUGACGUCCCGCGUGUUCCUGCAGUCGGCGGUCUGCCGCAUGAUGGCGGGCGCAGCGCCGCGACGCACACAGCAACUGUUGGACGGCAGUCUGCGACCACGGUUCAAUAGGUCAUCCAUCAUAUGCGGCAAAGAGCGCGCUCAAGAAGGCGGUGGCGGCGAGGGUGAACGUGCGGUGGCGCUGUAUAUGGCCUGCAAGUACCUGCCCCCGGCAGUACUGGCAGCUCCGGGCGAGCGUGCAGGCAUGCUAGCUCAAGCCGCCGCCACGCUGCAGAAGAUCGGACACCGGAGCCGUCUGCCUCACUGCUACCAUCUUAUGAAGUCCGUAGGGACUUUCAGCACUCCUUCAGCACCCUAAAAAUGACUUCUACUCCCGGCGAGUUUAUAAAACGAGUCUUUCCAAUAUGGACGUUUAACAGGUAUUACAAAAAUUUAAACGAAAUGUAAUGAAAUUAUUUUUUUUCAUGAAUUUUUACUGACGGAUUAUUAGAACAUAUUAUUAUUUAUAGAGGUGACCGUGCUGAUCGAAUGUAUUUUUAAUUUUUUCGCUGAUAGUGCAAUGAUUGGUUUAGUUCAGAGCAUAGCUUGCAGUGUAUAUAUGCCUAUGUAUAUCGUGUUAGUUAGUUUUAUAGAGUAACAUUAAGCUUUCAAACAUAAACAAUGUUUUUGUUACUGAUUUGUCUAUUGCAAAGCUUUAUGUGGUCCCGGAUCUGGUGCAUAAAUCAUGAAAGAUUUGACAUUUCCGUUAUUUAUUUAUUUUUUUACUUCAAAAGUAAGAAAUAGGAUACGAUUUUAAAUCGCUAGUUAAAAAAUAGGAAAUAGCAUCAGAAUCCGGUCCAAACAGAACUUCAAGUUUGUAUUGUUAAAUAUUUUUAUCUAGAUAACUAUUAAAUAGUACGUAAUGGUUAUCCAGAUAAAAAAAAUCCUUAAUGCAAUAAAUAUUAUUGGUCAUUAA